GUUGUCGCUGACUUCACACUUGUAUCUUUCUGUCUGAAAUCGAUAAGUGAUUGGCUUUUGCUGGUGGUAAAACUGUGGUGGGCGCGGUGACAGAAGGGUUCGUCAUGGCCUUGAAAAGGAGACGGACGACUUCCCCCUCUAGCAGUGUGAGUGGAGGAGAUUUUGACGAUAACCAAACUUCGUCGUUAGUGUCUUCAAUUGGGAGAAAGAGGAGAAGGACCUCAAACAUACCGACUGUGGAUCCUAUCGCUGUUUGUCACGAACUGUACAACACAAUCCGAGAUUAUAAGGACGACCAGGGCAGGAUGUUGUGUGAGCUGUUCAUCAGAGCUCCUAAACGCAGGAAUCAACCAGACUACUACCACGUGGUGUCUCAGCCCAUCGACAUGAUGAAAAUCCAGCAGAAAUUGAAGAUGGAGGAGUACGACGACGUCGAUCAACUCACCACUGACUUUCAGCUGUUAUUUAAUAAUGCUAAAAUGUAUUACAAGUCCGAGAGUCCCGAGUACAGGGCCGCCUGUAAACUGUGGGACCUUUACCUGCGGACCAAAAAUGAAUUUAUCCAGCGAGGGGAAUAUGAUGACGAUGACGAUGACGACGGGUACGACGCACAAGACAAUCCUGUGGGGACCACUGAAGAUGAGCAGAGUGCACCUACCUGCCUGAAAGAGGUUCUUGAGCAGCUCCUCGAUGCUGUGGUAGCUUACACCGAGCCCAGUGGUCACCUGGUGAGCGAGCUGUUCCAGAAGCUUCCCUCCAAAAUGCAAUACCCCGACUAUUAUGCCAUCAUUAAGGAACCGAUUGAUCUGAAACUUAUUGCUCAAAAAAUCCAGUUGGGCCAAUACAGGAGUGUCAAUGUCAUGGCCAAAGACAUAGAUUUGCUGGUCAAAAAUGCCAAAACUUACAAUGAGCCUGGAUCACAGGUGUUUAAGGACGCAAACACCAUUAAAAAGAUUUUUACACAGAAGAAGUCUGAGAUGGAACACGGAGAGCCGAUCAAGUCCAGCAUUCGCAUCAGGAAUAGGAGGUCUGCCCAGGGAGACCGCCUCUCAGCAAUCACUAUGGCUCUUCAGUAUGAAAGUGAUGAGGAAGGCAUACUCUCUGGGUCUGUUCACUAUGAUGAGGGCGAGUCUGAGGCAGAGAGCAUGACGUCGAACAUGGACAUGAGUAACCCCAUCUUCCAGCUGUACGAAGCUGUGCGAGGUGCUAGGAACAGCCAGGGCCAGCUGAUCUCUGAGCCUUUUCUACAGCUGCCCUCCAGGAAGGACUACCCCGACUACUACCACCGGAUUAGCCAACCCCUUUGCCUCCAUCAGAUCAAGAACAAGAUGAAGAACAAUGAAUAUGAGAAUGUCGAGCACAUCGACUCUGACCUGACGCUCAUGUUAGAGAAUGCCAAACGUUACAAUGUCCCUCACUCCUCCAUCUACAAGCGUGCGCUCAAGCUCCAGCACAUUCAGCAGAUGAAGAGAAAGGAGCUUUUACACAGAGAUGAUGAUGAUGGAGACAGCAUGCUCUCAUCUGCCACGUCUGACACCAGUAGUACUAAAAGGAAAAGCCACAAAAAGAAUACGAAGAAAAACCGAAUGAAAGCUCUCCUAGCUGCGGUGACUGAGGCACGACAAGCUGGCACCGGUCGGAGACUGUGUGACCUUUUCAUGGUCAAGCCCUCGAAGAAGGACUACCCCGACUACUACAAGGUCAUCCUGGAGCCAAUGGACCUCAGGACCAUUGAGUACAACAUCCGCUCAGACAAGUACAUGACCGAAGAUUCAAUGUUGGAACAUAUGAAGCUGAUGUUCCGCAACGCACGACAUUACAACGAGGAAGGCUCACAGGUGUACAAUGACGCAGACAUCCUAGAGAAGAUAAUGGAAGACAGACGCAGGGACCUUGGACCAGCGACUGAUGAUGAUGACAUCAUGUCCCCCAAGUUGAAAAUAAGAAAGAAUAGUAUUACACUGAAGAAGUCCAAGUAUCUAACACCCUUACAGCAAAAGCUGAAUGAGCUUUACGAGGCUGUCAAGAACUACACAGAUAAACGAGGCCGCCGUCUCAGCACAAUCUUCCUGCGGCUGCCGUCUCGCGCCGAGCUGCCCGACUAUUACAUAGCUAUCAAGAAACCUGUGGACAUGGAGAAGAUCAGGAACCACAUGUUGGCUAAUAAGUACCAAGAUGUGGAUGCACUAGUGGAGGACUUUGUGCUCAUGUUCAACAAUGCCUGUACUUACAAUGAACCUGAGUCUCUUAUUUACCGAGACGCUCUGAUGCUGCACAGGGUGCUUUUAGAGAGGAGGCGUGACCUGGAGGGAGGAGAUGAUGCUCAUGUGCCCGAUGUGCCUCGCCUCAUCCAGGAACUCAUCCGCAGCCUCUUUGUUUCUGUGCACAGUCACCAAGAUGACGAGGGCCGUUGCUACAGUGAUUCACUUGCUGAGAUUCCUGCCCUAGAUCCUGCAAAUCCUGAGAAGCCACAGCUCAAUUUCGAGAUAAUCCGUAGGCAUGUAGACCGAGGACAUUAUAAGAGGUUGGAUGUGUUUCAGGACCACAUGUUUGAAGUGCUGGAAAAGGCCAGACGAUUGAAUAGGACCGACUCUGAGAUCUUUGAAGAUGCUGUGGAGCUGCAGCAGUUCUUCAUCCGUAUCAGAGAUGAGCUGUGUAAGAAUGGGGAGAUUUUGAUGUCUCCAGCUCUCAGCUAUACCUCCAAACACUUGCAUAGUGAUGUGGAGAAGGAGAAGAAAGAGAAGCUACCCAAGGAGUUUGAGGAGGACAAUAUCAAGAGGGAAGAGGAGAAGAGGGAAGCUGAGAAGAGGGAGGACUCGGCCGGUGGAUCGUGGCAGUCUAACCUACAACGCACAUACAGCCAGGACUGCAGCUUCAAGGACAGUAUGUACCAUGUGGGAGACUACGUGUAUGUGGAGCCUGCGGAGCCCAACCUCCAGCCCCAUGUCAUCCACAUUGAACGCCUUUGGGAAGAUGAUGUUGGUGAGAAAUGGCUAUACGGCUGCUGGUUCUACAGACCAAAUGAAACUUUUCACCUUGCUACGAGAAAGUUCCUGGAGAAGGAAGUCUUUAAGGGUGACUAUUACAACAAAGCUCCCGUCAGCAAGAUCCUGGGGAAAUGUGUGGUCAUGUUUGUGAAGGAAUAUUUCAAACUUCACCCAGACGGCUUUAGAGCGGAGGACGUAUAUGUGUGUGAAUCGCGCUACUCUGCCAAAUCCAAAUCCUUCAAGAAGAUCAAGUUGUGGACCAUGCCCCUGAGCUCUGUCCGGCUGGUUCCCAGAGAGGUGCCCCUACCUGUGGUCCGCGUGGCAUCCAUGUUUGCCCCCAAACAAGAGGAGAAACCACUCGAGAUUGUUGAUGAAAGCAAAAUGAUUGAUGGAAUAGUGGACAAGGAGAGGGAGGACGUUCCGAUGGAUAUGGCCAAUGCAGACCCUGGAUGUCAGUACUAUGAGCAGCUCUGCUACAACAACCACUGGCUCAAAAUGGGAGACUUUGUCUACAUUGGUUCUCAUGGACUAGUGCGCCACCGAGUGGGCAGGAUUGAGAAAAUGUGGAUGCGCGACGGAGCAGGCUACUUCUUUGGCCCCAUAUUCAUCCAUCCAGAGGAAACAGAGCAUGAGCCCACGAAGAUGUUCUACAAGAAGGAAGUGUUCCUCAGCAACCUGGAGGAGACGUGUCCCAUGACCUGCAUCAUUGGAAAGUGUGUCGUGUCAUGCUUCAAAGAGUACCUGUCAUGCCGACCCACUGAAGUCCCUGAAGAGAACGUUCUGCUCUGCGAGAGUCGCUACAUUGACAGUGAGAAGCAGAUGAAGAAAUUCAAGGGGCUUAAGCGCUUUUCACUCUCUGGGAAGGUUGUGGAGGAUGAAAUCUACUACUUCAGAAAGCUCAUAGUGCCUCAGAAGGAGCCAUCACCACUGCUGGACAAAAAGAUUGAGGAGCUGGAGGCUAAGUUUGCUGACAUGACGGAUGAGGAACUAGAGGACCUUGGGGAUGAUGAUGGCGAGCUCGGGGACCACUCUCUCCCGCAGAUGCAGUCUUCCAUGUCUGGUGACAUGGAUAUCAUGCCUUACACUCCUCCACAGUCCACACCAAAAUCCAUAAAAGGCCUCACAAAGAAGGAAGGCUCAAAGCGGAAGAUCAACAUGAGUGGCUAUAUCCUGUUCAGCAGUGAGAUGCGUGCUGUCAUCAAAGCCCAGCACCCAGACUUCUCCUUUGGGGACCUGAGCCGCCUCGUUGGCACAGAGUGGAGGAACCUGGAGAGUACCAGGAAAGCAGAGUAUGAAGAGCGAGCAGCAAAAGUGGCAGAGCAGCAGGAGCGUGAGCGGGCCCAUCAUCAGACGUCCCCUAGAGCAGGUACCCCAGUAGGGGCACUGAUGGGGGUGGUGCCUCCCCCAACCCCCAUGGGGAUGCUAAAUCCCAGCAUGACGCCUGUGUCAGAAGAUGUGAUGGGUGCAUAUAGAUCAUCUAUGAUGCCCCAGCAGGGCCAUGUUGAAGGCAUGGUUAGUAUGACUGGCAUACCACCACAUCUCAUGGGGGUGCCUGUCUUUCCCCAACAUCUUCUUCCCGUUAUGCCUGGGUUCCAUGGAAUGCCGUCCUUUGGUGUCAACGGCAUGGGAAGUCCUGGACAAGGAAAUAUUCAUGGUUCACAGAUUGGUUUGAUGGGUUCGGGACAGCAAGCUCCACCACCAUAUCCAGGACAAGGCCUGAUGGGACAACCUGCGCUCCAGCAGCCAUCCACCCCACUGUUUGUGUCCCCACCAGCCAAGACUCAGCGGCUGCUUCACUCGGAGGCAUAUCUCAGAUACAUUGAGGGUCUUUCUGCAGAAUCGUCUACCGUGAGCAAGUGGGACCAAGCUCUCUCAGUUAAAAAACAAGAUGUGCGCCUGACAAAAGAGCAAGAGAGCAGACUACCGUCCCACUGGCUGAAGAGUAAGGGCGCACACAAGACUAUGGCCGAUGCACUUUGGCGACUCCGUGACCUGAUGCUGCGAGAUACCCUAAACAUCCGUCAGACGCACAACCUGUAGCAUGUUCACAUUCUGAGCCUCUGUUCCCAAACCUGUGAGACAGGAAGACGGGUUAAGCUCACUAAAAGUGUCCACUUUGUAUUGUCAUUUGAUAUGUGUUUGUGGUAAGGUGCCUUCAGUGUUGAAGCUGUUUUUUUGUUUAACAUUUCAGAUAUGCUGUUCCAAAUAUGCUCUUGUUAAAACUGUCAUUCUGUGAUGGAUGCGCUCACACUUUCACAAUUAAAAUGUGAACAGUUCAA